AUGCCCUCGAGGACUCUGCCCGCCACCGCCGUUCGCACCCUUGCUCGUCCGCAACAGGUCACUUUCCUACAAUUGAGAUCUCGUGCACCGUUCUCCAAGUCGAGACACUUCUCCCACAAGACCUCACACUAUGCUGCAACUCAUCAAGCAUGGAAGAGACCGUCGGCCGCUGUAAUUGCUGCUGCAGCCACCGUUGCCAUAGUCUACACAACCACCCAGUUCCACGCUGUGCAGGCAGAAGCUCCUCCUUCAGAUUCACAAGAGGUCGUGAUUGAAACAUCCAAAAAGAGAAAGGGCGCUUCCAAGGAAGAGAAUAGGGAUCUAAUCAGCUCCCAGCAUCUCCAAGUGAAGAAGAGCUGGGAGAACCCCGGCGUGUAUGCGUGGGGAUCAAAUACCGGUCGAGUCGUGGCCCCCGAGUCAAAUGAAACAUAUAUCAAGACGCCGCGAAGAUUGACCUGGUUCGACGAUAUCCUGCUCCGAGAUCUUAAGCUCGACAGGAAUUUUGGUGCUGCAGUCCUUGAAAAUGGAGACUUGGUGCAAUGGGGUAUCGAAUAUUCGGAGGAUGUACGGCAGCCGACAGUCACGUUAAAAGGCAAGAAUUUGACGUCCAUUGCGAUAUCGAGAGAUCGUAUCAUUGGGCUGGGCAAGAAUGGAACCGUAUAUUCGAUACCGGUCUCCAAGGCCGACCAGGAAAGUGGACACAAGGAAACAGACAAGUCGUGGAUCCCCUUCUGGAGGAGCUCAACGUCGUCAGUUAGCUAUAGAAAGCUCGAGCCCAAGGAUUUGCGGAGAGGAGAACGGGUGAUUGCCAUCAGCGGUGGCCUUGAGCACGUCCUGUUGCUCACAAACUCGGGACGAGUCUUCUCUGCCGCCUCAGGAACCGAGGACUUUCCCAGUCGUGGACAACUGGGCGUCCCGGGAAUGACAUGGCUCACUCGUCCUGACGGCCGAUAUGAUAUGUGCCACGAACUAACUACGCUCAAGGGCUUCGAGAUCACUAAACUUGCUUCCGGGGAUCACCACUCCCUUGUGCUCGACAAAGAAGGCCGCGUCUUUGCCUUUGGCGACAACUCUUCCGGCCAGCUUGGUUUCGAUUUCAACCCAGAGGCUCCUUUCGUUGACACGCCUUCUCUCCUGCCUACCACUCGUCUUUAUCAAGGCACGAAUCAAUCCUCCAAAGUCACAUCCAUCGCCGCUGGCGGUUCAAACAGCUUUUUCACCGUUGAUGCCACCCGGAUUGCAAGCCCGGAUGAAGAUCCGAGGUCACUCUCAACUUUGGGAAAGGUCAACGCCGAUACAUGGGCGUGCGGCCUGGGAAUUAGGGGCACUCUAGGAAAUGGGAAAUGGACCCAUAUCCAAGGCACACCUACACGCAUCCCAUCCUUGUCGGGCCUCUUCGAGUACGACGAACAGACCCGAAAAGUGAUUCCGAUCCGGAUGUCGCAGAUUUCCGUCGGCAGCACUCACGCCUCGGCGGUGCUCGACAAUGUGACCUACCUGGAUGCUUCGGAAAAGUCCUCGGAGGACGAUACAAACUGGGGCUCCGACGUGCUCUGGUGGGGAGGCAACGAAUUCUACCAGCUAGGCACGGGCAAGCGGAACAACGUGCCGAUUCCGACGUACAUACGGCCAUUAGACAUGGCCAGCGAGGCAGAGAUGGGACGAAGAGAGGAACAUAGAUUGCAUCUAACCCCCAUGCAUGAUGUACGGCUGAAGGCGGAUGGGAGGAAAGUAAGAAUGGAGCAGCGCGUGGUGUGCGGCAGGAAUGUCACGGCCGUUUACUCUGCUGUCUGA